AUGGAACCAAAGCUGUCUCAUGGUCUAGUCACCAUGACCAAAAUGGCUUGCGGGGAUGAAUUGCGACAGGAGACACUAAGUAUUGGAGAUUACAAGAAUCUUUGGCAAGCCUACUCAACCUCAUAUCUGGCCAGCAAAGACGAGACUGAACGUCGCCUAGAGCAUCUUUUCUGGCGGAUCUGGGGUGCCCAAGAACUCUUGUAUCGCUUGAACACGCAUACUCUUGACCGUCUCAUCCUGCGCAUAAAAGCGCCGGCGCCGUCGACUGAAACUGUGACCGUCGAUGUGAGGUUGCCGCCGGCGACGUCCACAACGGACGACAAAGCGAACGUAAACAUAAACUCUUUCCCCAUUGUCCCACAUAGAACAACACGUCUCCUCGUCGACACGUCCAUCGGGGCCAAAAUAACACUUGACCCCACAAACUCGCCAACCCCAAUCAUGUCUUCUCCCUCCGACAAAUUCCCGACUACCGCAGGCUACCUGAGCCCCAAGUCUCCCGGUCUCACGGCCAAGUCAACCUUCAUGUCAGACAACGCAAGCCACCAGGGCGAGAACGCACCAUCGGGGCUCAUGGCGGAGCCAACCUCCAUGCCAGACAACGCAAGCCACCAGGACGAGAACGCACCAUCGGGGCUCAUGGCGGAGCCAACCUCCAUGCCAGACAACGCAAGCCGCCAGGGCGGGAACGCACCAUCGGGGCUCAUGGCGGAGCCAACCUUCAUGUCAGACAACGCAAGCCACCAGGGCGAGAACGCACCAUCGGGGCUCAUGGCGGAGCCAACCUCCAUGCCAGACAACGCAAGCCGCCAGGGCGGGAACGCACCAUCGGGGCUCAUGGCUGAGCCAACCUCCAUGCCAGACGACGCAAGCCACCAGGGCGAGAAGACAGCACCGAGUCUCAUGGCCCAGCCGACCACCAUCCCAGACAACGCAAGCCGCCAAGGUUCCAAGACACCACCGAUUCCCAUGUCCGCGCCGAUCUCUAUCCCAGGCGUCUCAACCCGCCAGAACCCAAAGAAAACCCCCACGCGCAACGGCCGUGGUGCACGCCGCCGUCCCGUAUUCAACCGACGCAAGUCGUCCCAAACUACUAUCCCAAAAGCCACAACCGCAUCCCGUCGACGCUCCGAGCCAACCACCCAAACCGAGAGGUUCGAAACCGUUAACGAAGACAGUUACGUCGAACUGGGUUUGCUACAGCAUCUCAGUUUCCGCGAUGAAGAUGACCAGGUCGUGCGUGACCUGGGACGCGAGCUCGCUCCUGAGCCUAAGCAGCCCGGCAGACCUUCCGUCCCGCUCUUCGAUGAAUUUAUCAACGAGCCGGCUGUCGCGGAGGAUGUCAAGGAUGCGAAGAAGGUGGAGCCGUUUCCGCGGGCGUCGUCUCUUCGACAUAAGAUGUUAAGUCCUGAGCAGAUAAGCAAGGUCAAGCCUUCGUUUGGUGUGUUGCAGAGUCAUGUCGAUGUUCCUGGUGGACCGAGGUUCCGGACUACUGAGGUUGAGGAUGAUUGGACCGAUAUCGAUGCGAUUGAUGCGACCUUGCCGAUUACCCAGCCGUUUGAGAAUAUCGUGCAGCGGGAGACUCCUGAUGGGACUCAGACUCUGUCGACUGCUAAGCAGCCUGUUCGUACUGCCAGAAGGGAUUCGUUGCUGUCGUCUGCGAUCCAGGAUCAGAAACUGUGA